GUGUCUCCUCCUCUCAUUUAUAGGAGGAUAUAUUUGUGCAUGCGCACGCUGUCGAGUUUAGUGCGCGCCAAAUGCUGCCCUUUUUCCUUUCGUAAACCCUUUUCUAAUACCCCACCUUACCUUGUUUAUCCCACCAAAAGCUUCACCACCACACCCAUCCACCACAGAUACCAGGCGCCCAAGCGAAAGCAGGAGCCCAUCAUGUCCUCGGAUAUGACUACCCUCAAGGGUAAGCCCUUUGAUAGGACUUCUCUCGAGUCUCUGAUGAGGCGGCGCAUGUUCUAUACCCCAGCCUUCGAUAUAUACGGUGGUGUUUCCGGUCUCUAUGACUAUGGCCCUCCGGGCUGUCAACUCACCAACAACAUCGUGGAUGUCUGGCGGAAACACUUCGUACUCAAGGAGAACAUGCUUGAAGUGGACUGCACGAUGCUCACCCCCUACGAAGUUCUCAAAACGUCCGGCCACGUCGAGAAAUUCGCCGAUUGGAUGUGCAAAGAUCCCAAGACCGGCGAGAUCUUCCGCGCCGACCACUUGGUUGAGGAGGUGCUCGAGGCACGAUUGAAAGGUGACAAGGAAGCACGCGGUCUGAAAGUUGAAGUGGAGGAGGAGGACCCCAAGAAGAAAAAGAAGAAGGUCAAGAGCAUUGCUGUGGUCAAGCUAGACGAUGCAGUGGUUCAGGAAUAUGAGGAGGUAUUGGCAAAGAUUGACAACUACGACGGCGAGGAACUUGGCCUUCUGAUGAAGAAGUACGAUAUCCGAAACCCCGCAAACAACAACGAGCUGAACCCACCUGUCGCUUUCAACCUCAUGUUCCAAACCUCCAUUGGCCCGUCCUCGAACCUUCCCGGCUACCUACGCCCCGAAACCGCGCAAGGCCAAUUCCUCAACUUCGCCAAGCUGCUCGAAUUCAACCAGCAGCAAAUGCCUUUUGCCUCUGCCUCCAUCGGUAAAUCCUUCCGUAACGAGAUUUCCCCACGCGCUGGCCUGCUACGAGUGCGAGAAUUCCUGAUGGCCGAAAUCGAACAUUUUGUAGACCCCGAGGGUGGCAAGAAGCACCCAUACUUUGAAGAGGUCAAGGAUGUCGAGCUCGAGCUGCUCAACCGCGAUGUUCAACUUGCGGGUAAGACCAAGGUCGAGACAACCAAGAUUGGAAAGGCUGUCGAGACUGGCAUCGUUGACAACGAGACUCUCGGUUACUUCCUCGCGCGCAUCCAACUCUUCCUUCUCAAGAUUGGUGUGGAUCCCAAGAAAAUCCGCUUUAGGCAGCAUAUGGCCAACGAGAUGGCCCAUUACGCCGCGGAUUGUUGGGAUGCUGAACUGUUGACGUCGUACGGCUGGAUCGAGUGCGUUGGCUGUGCUGAUCGAAGCGCGUACGAUUUGAGUGUGCACAUGAAGAAGACUGGCGCACCCCUGGUGGUACGAGAAGCACGGAAAGAGCCCCUCAAGAUUGAGGAGUGGCAGUGUGACAUUGACAAGAAGAAGUUUGGUCCCAAGUUUAAGAAGGACGGCAAGACCGUGGAAGCUGCCAUUGAGGCACUUAGCCAGGAUCUGCGUGAGAAGCUAUCUCUCGACCUCGAAAAGGAGGGCAAGAUUGUCAUCGACGUCCCUAGUGUUGGUGAUGGCAAAGUGGAGGUACCAAAAGAGCUAAUCACGAUCGAGAAGCGCACACGAGUAGAAAACGUCAGGGAGUACACUCCCAAUGUGAUCGAGCCCUCAUUCGGAAUCGGUCGAAUUGUCUAUGCACUUUGCGAACAGUCCUACUGGACCCGUGAGCAGGACGAAGCUCGUGGCAUCCUAUCAUUCCCUCCCACCGUGGCACCAACCAAGGUCCUUAUCGUGCCAUUGAGCUCACACAGCGACUUCAAGCCUUUUGUGCGGAAAUUGAGCAACCGACUCCAAGAACUCGGCAUUUCUAGCCGUGUAGACGACUCUGGUGCCUCCAUCGGCAAACGAUACUCGCGAAACGACGAACUUGGUACACCUUUGGGUAUCACCAUUGAUUUCCAAUCUGUCAAGGACAACACCUUCACUCUCCGCGAUCGCGACUCAACAGAGCAAGUGCGCGCCGGUCUCGAUGAAAUCGCCUCCGCGAUCUCUGGCCUGGUAAACGGUACCGAGCAAUGGAAAGAUGUGUCGAGCCGCCUACCCAAGUUCGAGGGUCAGGAGGUUGAUUGA